CAAACAUUUCUCGGUUACAGUGGAAGUCUUCGGAUAUGGAGAAGGGGUUCGACGAUGCUGAUGGCUCGAUGUCGCCCUUAGUGUUAGACCCCCGCUCACCCAACGGCCACCUUGGCUCCGUGGGGUCUAUGUCCAUGCCCUCAUUGCACAUCAAAGUAAUCAAUGCGAUGGACGGGUUGCAACACGACGUAGUGCUGAAUGCGAGUUCUUCCAUCAAUACCCUUCGCCAAGAACUCGUCCUCAAGACUAGUAUACCAUCGGACGAUCAAAUCUUGCUGUAUGGCCCUCCCUACGCCCGUCUUGACCCAAGGAAGUCAGUCGAGUCGUACCAACUUCCACACGCCUCGAAGUUCAUCUUCCUUUACGACCGAAGAGUUCUUUCCCAAGACAGGCCAUCCAUUCCCCGAGUUGUCCUCCAUCCUCAGACUGUCGAACUCCCCACGGCAGCUCCAUCUACAUCUUCCAGCCAUGCCAAGUUACUUCAAGAAACGUCCAGUCCAUUGCUUCGUGCAUUGUUUGACUACGAGUCGCAAUUCCAGCAGCAACUUCUCAUGGCCGAGGCCGUGGAAUCCACGGCGAAGGCGCGUUUGGCCGCCACGGAGGCGUGCGUGGAGCAACUCGACACCCAGACCCGCGGGAUUCAAGCGGCGCUAUCCAACCUCGACGCCCACCACACGGCCAUGCAAGGUCGAUUCACGCCGUUUUGGGCCGACUUCAAGCACGCGCAGUCUGACCACUCGACGCUGCUGGAGCACUUCGACACGUAUGUCCAUCGUCUGGGGUCGAUUCCUCUGCACCCGGCGCUGGCCUCUGACACCCGGUUGACGCUGCUGGACUGCAUUCCGCUCGAUCGCGAGCGGGACUGGCUCGUGUCUUGCAAACAGUCGCAAGCAUCCCUCGAAGCCAAGAUGGACAGCCUCGCGGCGUCGUUCCGCACCUUGUCUGACGCGAUUACCGAGCAAAGCAGCGCUGUGGUGUCGGUGGCGCCGUCAUCAUGGCGGCACACGGUCGACGAGUUUGCGGCGAAAGUGGCGGCGAUUUCAAGCAUGCGGGAUACGCUGCGGCAGAAUUACGACGCCGUGUCCAAGCGCGUGGCCGACUCGACGCAGCAGACGAUGGACGAGGCCGCCGCGACCGCCGCUACCGCCAGCAUGAACAUGAGCUUCAUGUUUGGCUCGACGCAUAUCCUGGAAGCAUGCCGGGGACUAGAUGACCUGUUUCGCCAGCAGGCCGACGUGCUGCCCAACAUGCAAAACGCCGACGAUCUACUCAAGACGAUCAUGAACAGUGUCGCAGAUGCCAAAGCCGAGGCGUAUGGGGUCGUGUGCACCAACUUAAAGCGCGUGUCCGAGCUCCAGUGCAAUAUUGUUGCCUUUGAAACGCACUUGGGCAUGCUAAAAGACGCGCUCGCGUACCAAAAGCGCCAAUUUGCCGAGUUAAAACAUGUGCAACUGCUGCCCCAGGCGUACGAUGCUUGUGUGGUCGAGAUCAAGCGGCGCCGCCAGUACGGCCGCCUGUUCCAAGCGCGCAUCAAUGAGAUGGGCGAGGCCAUGGUGGGUAUGCGCGACGCAGAGAUUGCCAAGCGCGAGGCAUUUCUGCGGGAACAUGGCCAGCAUCUUCCACGGGAUUUGGCGCCCGGACUCACGGAGAAGCCGUCGCAUUGCAUCGUGUCGAUGCGCCCCUUUGACACGGUAUUUUAUAUAAAAAAAUUGAAAUAUAUAUAUAUAUUAUGGAUAGAACUUGCCUGCGAUCGAAGAAGACGCCAUAGACGACCCGCCCAACGAACUGCAAGUGCUCAAGCAGCGCUGUCAAGCGUUGGAGCGUCAAGUGGAAACGCUCCAAGUCGAAUUGGACGAGCAGCACAAGGCAUCGUGUCACUGCGACGAUUCGUACUCGAACUCGUCCAGUUUGAGCGCCAGUGUCGAGACAGCUGCCGCCGCCGCGCACGGAGGCCCCAAGUUUCCGCUGGUGCUGGCGUUGGCGGCGACGGCAGGCACAUUGAACCACUCGAGCGAGAUCCUCAAAGAGACCGACGCGGUGCGCCUGCUCAAGGACGCCAUGUACGAGAAGGAAGCGAAGAUUGGUCAUCUCGAAGAAGCGCAGUCGGGUCUGCAGGAUACGGUGCGGUCGCUCCAGUUCUCGAUGGGCAUGCAGCGGAACUGGCUCAAGAAGGUCGUGAGUGUGCUGCAGCUGGACGACGAUGUCGACUUGGACAGCGCCGAGGGCCUACACGAGUGCCUCAUGCACAUUGAAGACAAGUGGAGCGCUCGUACUAGUAGCCCCGUAGUAGCCCCUACUAGUAGCCCCGACGACGACGAGCCGUCGUCCAAGAUUGCGUUUCGGUCGUUCUCGUACAGCGAUCUGGCGCUGUUCCUACCUACAUUUGCCCCCACGGAUGCGGCGGCCGCUAAAAUUUACUUGGCGUUCCACCUCGGGUGUCCAAACCGGUUCCUGUCGGACGAAUCCAUCACGACGUUUUAUCAGAUGCACAAUCGGUACGAAUGUGAUUUAUUAUAAUAUUAUUAUGACCAGAUAUUGGAUGAAUUCGGUGGUAGAUACCCCGAGUACAUUUUGGGCCGCAUCGUGUUUAUCGACGAGCGCGUGGCGUCCGACCGCGAUAACCCGUACAGAUUGAUCGCUGGAACGACCUUUUAUGUAUUAACAGUGACCUUCUUGGUCGACUUUUAAUACUCAUCUAUCGGAUAAUGUUACUAUUAUCGGAUGAUAAUGUUACUAUAUUGUUGGUGUAUA